AUGAAGUUCGGCACAUCUUUCGUUCUUUUCGCCGCCAUCUCAAUGAUGUUCGCUGUGGCAUACGCCGAAGACGAGGCUCCAGAAGUCGUUGCCACGACGGAAGCUGCCCCCGCAGAGGCUCUAGUCACCGGAGCAGCCAGCGGAGGAGCUGAUGUAACCAAGGAAGCUGCCACAGGAGGAGAUGUUACUGGAAAGGCUGGAGGUGCUGUUGUUGAUGUCUCCGCUUCAACCGUCGUCCCACUAGUCACAUCCGAAGUUCCACUCGUCCCAUCUGUCGAAACCACCACCAAGGGAUCCCAAUCUUUCGUAUCUCAAAUUUUCGCCGUUGGAUGCAUCGCUCUUGUCGCUCUAUUCCAAUAA